AGGCCGUGUCUAUUCUAUAACUGGUCUAAGGUUUCUAUCAAAAUCAAAAGCCAACCCACCACUUGACACUACUUUUGUUUAUUUUGUUUUUUCUUUUUCAUUAUCUCUGUGCACUGUUUACUCAAGUAUUUUCCAAUACCAUCAAAAAUCUUGAACGUUUUAAGCAUUAGUCCUAUUAUUAAUUCAGUUGAGUGUUGCACUGCGGCAUUUGAGCAUUUGAGGUAUCCUAACUUGUUUUUGGUACUGAAUCAGACCGCUCUAAUUAGAAAUGUCUGGAUAUAAGCUGACGUACUUUCCUGUCACCGCGCUGGGAGAACCAAUUAGAUGGAUGAUGUCUUACCUGGAUAUCAAAUUCGAGGAUUACAGAUUUGAAAGGGAGCAAUGGCCUUCAAUAAAGCCAACAACUCCAUUUGGACAAGUGCCUGUCUUGGAAAUCGAUGGAAAGUCAGUGUGGCAAUCAGUUGCCAUUUCCAGAUACUUUGGAAAGAAGGCUGAUCUCGCUGGAAAGGAUGAAUGGGAAAGUUUGAUGAUUGACGUAAUAGUGGAUACCUUCACAGAUUUCCGCUUAGGUAAGUUUAUGUUGAUCGAUUCAUUCCUAUUAUAAUUAAAUAUGAGUAAA